UAGACCUAAAAAUCAGAUUCGCUUUUGCUAACCUCGCCGUUAUAAAAAAAAAAAAACUUAAGGACGUCGAAUUGCUAAGUUUAAUAUUUGUAACAAAGAAAACAGUGAAAAUAUUCAUAAACAAAUUUGAAGUUUUCAAUUAAAAUAUACAUACAUAAAUUCAAAAUAUUUGUUUUGUGAUUUUUGGAUGUCGAAUAUUUUCAAAUUGUUAAAAAAGUUGAUUGUAUAACAAACCAAUCUCUAAUUCCUGAAGUACGGUAGCGAAAAUAGAGGAUUAUUUAAUCCAACCGAUACGAAAAAAAUGUUAUGAAGCUUUUAACAGAAUAACCAGUUUUAAUUGUGAAAGUGCGAAUCCAAAAUUCCAGUCUCUAUCUGUUGGUAAAGUGUUAAUUUUUUUUUUCUAAAAGAAAACGCAAAUUUCCCGAAUAAACAGGAAACUUAUUGGAUUACAAUAUAAAAAUCGGUCUGCUGCGUUUCUGUGAUCUCGUCACUAAACAACUUAACCAUUUAAACCAACAAACAUUGAAAAUGUUUAGAAAAAAGUGAUAAGACUGGUUGCCGUGCAAAAGCAAUUCCCAAAUACUGAACGGCUACAAUGAAGUCCAAAAACUAUGUUCCAGUUCUUGUGGUAUUUUUUCUGAACUUUUAUCAUCAAACAUUUGGAAAUGAAUUUGACAGAAAUAACAUAACCAUUUUGCAUGAGGUCGAAAACGACCCCCUUGAGUUAAACACACACGAAGUUUUACCUUCAAAGUCAAUUAAAAAGAAACCAUAUGCCAUUCUCGACAAAUCAAGUGAAUAUGUAAAAAUACCUGUUGUUAAAGCUUACAACGGUCAUGCGGUAGCAUUUGAUUUUAAUUUGGGUGACUUGGAAGAUGUACACGAUGCCAUACUGCCGAAUGGAGAUUUAAGUUCUGAGGAACGCCAUCUGCUACGCAAUACAAAUGAUGAAGACUUGACGUAUUCCGAAGAGCCAUUGAUAACACCAAGUGUCGUUAGCACUUAUGUAACGCCAAUGUCAACAGAGUCAUAUUUUAGUACUUCAUCGAUAAGUCCAUUAACUGAUAGGACAACCACGACAACAUCUUCAACAACGUCAACCUCAUCAUCACCAUCAUCAUUCACUCAUUUGUCAUCGACAGAAGCAACAACUCCAAUAGUGAUGCCAAUAUCAACUGAUAAAACUUUAACAGCUCCCAGCACUUCAGGAGAUCCAGUGAGUCCGCAUAUAUUUAAGAUUUUGUCAAAAAAUAAAUCCAAAAUCAAGGGUGGACACGAAUACUAUCUGAAGGACGAACAACAAAAGACUUUUGGGAAUCACUUUAAUAGUAUCAGUACAUUCUUUGGGGAUACUGAUGAGAAUUCUACAGCAGAUGCUCUGCGGUCGCACAUAAAUGUUUUCCAAUUGAUGGUGAAUUUAUAUGAUCAUUUCUUUUGGCAGCCUUCAGAGCUUAAAACUAAAGUCUCUUCAGCUUGUGCUAUGGAUAUUAAUGCAUAUUUAUCAGCACUCAAUAGCAACUACGAGUGGGCACAAAAAGCUUAUGACUCGUCUGGCCAUUACCGAGGGCAACUUUUCUUUGGAAGCAAUAAAUGGUUGGGACAACGACAAUGCUGUAUUGAAAUCAACCAACAAGAAUUUCAAGACGACCGAAAGCAUUUUGAAUUUGAAUUUUAUGUGGCUACUGUACAUAUCGCUGCUUGGGCGCCAUAUAAUUUGACAGCUGAAUUACAACUAGGCGAGUGUCUACCAAAGUCCUGUACUCCCCGAGAUGUUGAAUCCAUUCUUAAAUUUGACCCUCAUGCCCAAAUGCUAACAUCAGGAUUGAUACCCAACAACAACACUCACAUUAACAUCAAGUCUGUCCGAGCCAUACCAGGCCGAUAUUGUUUAUGGAAGGAUCCUAAAUUUGUUUUCUUUUUCACCUUUUGCAUGGGACUAGUGGGAGUAUGUUUACUAGCAACUUGCUAUGAAUCGAAUCUAAAUGAAAAGAAAAGAAUUCGACAAAUCACCAACAGCGUUAAAGUUGAUCCCAAAAUCGGAGUAAAUCCUGAUUUAAAUGGCAAAACAUACGAGAUAUAUCAAAUGACAAAAAUAAGCACCAAAAUCGAUAACAAUAAUGUUGACAUAGAGGCCGAUCUCAAGAAGAAUAACAAACAAGAUAAGAAGCAUCAGGCAGCAAUCCAACCGGAAGGAAAACAGGAAGCCAUACAAGGAAAUGAGGGGGUAAUAGCAAAACAGGCAUGUAGUGAUGUUAAUGCCAAUCAUGUUGAGCUCUCUGCUGGGGGAAUGAUGAAGAAAACCGAACUGGGAAUUCAAAGAGAUAUACUGUUGUGUUUUGCAUUUCAAAGUAAUGCUAGCACAAUACUUUCAAUGGAGCAAAAGGUUGAGAAUCAAACUAGUUGUGUUCAUGGCUUGAGGGUGUUGUCCGUAUUGUGGACAAUUCUGGUGCAUACAUAUUUGGAGAUGAUGGUAAUUGGAGAAAACAGGUUCUUGCGUAUAAUAACAGAACGAAAUUUCUUUUAUCAAUUCAUUGGCAAUGCAACAUUUUCCGUGGAUACAUUCUUUUUUAUAAGUGGAUUUCUAGUGACGCUGCUCUUCCUACGACAAGAUAAAAAUAAACAAACAAAACAUACCAAAGAUGACGGAUUUUUGAAGAAAAGCCUGAAUAAGAGUUUUUUAAUCGUCAUUUAUCGGUACAUUAGGCUAACACCGGCAUAUUUGUUUGUCAUUUUGUUUUAUGAACUUUCCCUAAAGUACACAUUCGACAGAUCUGUAUUCCAGCCAUUGUAUCCUGUUGAAAAUUGCGCCGAUUAUUGGUGGCGCAAUAUAAUGUACAUUAAUAAUUUCUUUCCACUUAACCAGAUGUGUAUGGUUUGGUCUUGGUAUAUGGCAAAUGAUAUGCAAUUCUAUAUAAUGACCACACUGCUGCUAGUUUUCUCCACAAGAUACUUUAAAACAACAAUUUUGAUCCUUUUGACAUGUCUGGUGAGUUCUUGGGGUGUGUCAGGCAUGAUAUCGAUACAUUACAACUACACCCAUAAGGUGGCGAAUCCUUUUGAAUCAUUUAAUUUUCUGUACGAUAAACCCUGGCAGAGAGUCGGGUCGUAUAUAGUGGGUAUGAUUGCUGGCUUCAUAGUGCACGUUAACAAAACUCCACCAAAAAUAUCAUUUCGAACGAACUUGCUCCUUUGGUUUGCCAGUCUUGGGCUAUUAUUUGUCGUUAUAUGUGGCGUUUGGUCUGGCCAACUGAGUGUUAUAGCCACAGCGUUUUAUGUCAGCAUCGGACACACUGCUUUUGCAGUUGCCCUGGUUUGGAUCGUACUCUCCUGCUGCUGGGGCUUGGCUAAUCCCGUUAACAAGGUGCUUUCAUAUCCUGGCCUUUUGCCUUUGAGUCGGUUGACAUAUUGCACAUAUCUUGUCCAUCCCGUGGUAAUACUGUUGACAUCGUUUCAAAUGGACGGAACUAUCCAUUUGAAUAACUUUAUGAUAUGGGUUAUAUUUUUAGGGAACGCUGUUGUUUCGUUUGGUGUCGCGUUUUUUGUAUCUGUUUUGUUUGAAGCCCCAGUCGUCAGAUUGUUGAAAAUAUUCUUUAAAAAAUGAAAUUAAAUCGUGUUAUAGAUAGUUUAUUUUUUUAAUUUUAAUUUUUUGGUUGACUUUCUUAAGACUACAUUAAGUAAAAUGUGGUAAUGAAUUUAUUUUACUGUUAUUGUAUUAU